AGACUCAGGAUUUCUUCCAAUGAAGACAAAUGAAAAGUAUGCAUAUACACGAAUAGUUUCAUUAUUAAACAUAGCUCGUUCUAACACUGCUAUUUCUGCACUUGUUACUGAAAGAAACUCCGUAAUGGCUUUUAUGCUGGUCGUCCAUCUUAGAUCUAUGAUCUCCUCUUUACUCCGCAUAGUAUUCUUCUCGGUUUUAUUUUCUGCAAAUGCUUCUCUUUCUGCCUCAGCUGAUACCAUUUACGUCGGGCAAUCUCUCACUGGGAGCCAAACUAUUAUCUCCAAAGAAGGCAACUUUGUGCUUGGCUUCUUCUCUCCUGGUAAGACAUCUAACUUCUACAUCGGCAUCUGGUACAAAAAGAUCUCAAAGCAGACUGUGAUUUGGGUAGCAAAUAGAGAAAAGCCAGUGUAUGAUACUUCUUCCGCUGAGUUCAAAUUAUCUAAUAAUGGCCAUCUUGCCCUACUCGACAAUUUAAAAAACUUAAUUUGGUCAUCCAAUUCAACACACCAAGCAUCAAAUUCUACAGCUGCGGCUCUGCUUGACAAUGGAAAUUUGGUAUUAAGGGAUCUUACAAAUAACACUACUGGUGGUAUAAUUUGGCAGAGUUUUGAUCACCCAACUGACACUUACGUGCCUGGAAGUUGGAUUGGCAUGAAUAAAAUAACAGGAGAAUAUCAAACACUCACUUCAUGGAAAAAUUCAGAAGAUCCUUCUCCUGGAUAUUUUUCUGAAACAAUAGAUCCCAGUGGAACAAGCGAGUUUUUCCUUGAAUGGAACAAAUCUAAAAAAUAUUGGCGCAGUGGGCUUUGGAAUGGAAAUUACUUCACGGCUGUUCCAAUACUUCCUGACAUGAAGCCGCAUACUAUUGUCACCGUUAUUUAUGUUGAUAACAAAGAGAGAAGAUACACCAGCUGUUUUUAUCGUGACCCAUCCAGUUCUAAGAUUACAAGACAUGUGAUGGAUGUUAAUGGGCAAAUCAAGCAAUUUGUGUGGGUGGACAAUAUUCAGGAUUGGGUUCUGUUCUUUUCCAGACCAACUUUGAAAUGUGAUGUCUAUUUUCUUUGUGGCCCUUUCGGAAUAUGUGAUGAAAAAAGCUCUUUUGUUUGUAGCUGUGCUCAUGGCUUCCAACCUGCAUCUUUCAGAAACUGGGAAUUGAAUGAUUGGAGCAGUGGCUGUGCAAGGAAGACCAAAAUGCAAUGCAGCGGCAACGUCACUGAUGAUAAAGUAGGAUUUCUUAAAAUGCCCAACAUGUUUCUUCCUUCAAAUCCUGUACAUCUGACUGCCUACAACUUAGAAGAUUGCAGGUCAGUUUGCUUAAGUGAGUGCUUGUGCACUGCUUAUGCUUACAACGGCAGUGGCUGCUUAACCUGGAAUGAAGACCUUCAAAAUCUGCAACAGCUGUAUGAUGGUGAUGAAAGUGCUCAGACAUUAUAUGUGCGCCUUGCAUCUUCUGACCUUCCAAGUUCAAGUGGUGAUAAUAAGAGGUCUGUGAUUAUAAUAUGUACAGCUAUUCUAGCUGGAGUUGGAGCUAUCCUGUGUGCUUUACUCUUACUUGCAUUGAGAUACCGAAGCAGAAGGUUUAUUAGCAUAAGGAAGACAACAGAAGGACCUUUGGUUCGAUACACUUACGCGGAAUUACAGUAUAUGACAAGGAAUUUCUCAGAUAAGUUGGGUGGUGGGGGAUUUGGCACUGUUUUCAAAGGAACAUUACCUAAUUCGAACGCUCUAGCCGUGAAGAGACUCGAAGGAGUUCAACAGGGAGAGAAGCAAUUCCGAACAGAAGUGAGCACACUUGGUUUUAUUCAACACAUCAAUCUAAUUAACCUUCGAGGUUUCUGCUCAGAAGGUACAAAGAGAUUGCUUGUCUAUGACUACAUGCAAAAUGGCUCCUUAGAUUCUCACCUCUUCAAAGAAAACUGUAAGGUUUUAAGUUGGAGAGCAAGAUACGAAAUAAUCAAAGGAAUCGCAAGAGGACUGGCUUACCUCCAUGAGAAUUGCAGGGAAUGUAUUGUGCACUGUGAUAUAAAACCAGAAAACAUACUGCUAGAUGAGAAUAACUGUCCUAAAUUGGCAGAUUUUGGUAUGGCAAAACUAAUAGGAAAGAAUUUUAGCCGUGUCUUGACAACCAUGAGAGGAACUGUAGGCUACCUUGCACCAGAAUGGAUCUCGGGCCUGCCAAUCACACCUAAGGCUGAUGUCUACAGUUUUGGAAUGAUGCUUUUUGAAAUAAUAUCAGGUAGAAGAAACAUAAAUCAUCAAUUUGAGUUCGUAUUUUUUCCAGCAUGGGCAGCAACUAAAAUAUGGGAAGGGGAAUUCCUUGUUCUAUUAGAUGAGAGAUUGAAAUGUGAUGUUCUUAUUGAGGAGCUGGUUACUGCAUCUCGAAUAGCUUCAUGGUGUAUUCAGGACAGUGAGUCUCAUAGGCCAUCUAUGGGGCAAAUUGUUCAGAUCUUGGAGAAUCUUGCUGAGGUGAAUGUUCCUCCAGUUCCAGGAUCACUGCAAGUACUUACAGAAAAUAAAGAUUUAGAAUCAGAUGUUUACUAUUCUGCAGUUUUGUCGUUGUCCUAAAUGAAAUAUAGUUAUCAUGAACAACUGCUAAGUGUCCUUUAGUGUUAAUGUGAUGUUCAUUGAGAGCUUAGAUUUCAUUUUUAUUUUCACAUUUCAGAGUUGGUUUGAUGUACUUCCUAUGUUCCUAUAUGCUGUAUUAUGUGCAUUUAUGUUCCACUUUCUAUUGGC